AUGUCUUCCGAGAGCACAGAAGUCAUGAUCGGGACGGCAGGAGUCGUUGAAUCCAAACUCAUCCUAUCACAGGGUAUCAGCAGGCCCAUAUCUAAUGGACUUGGUGGCCAGUUCAAAGAGAUUCCUGUUAUCGACCUCACCGCGUUGCACUCCAAAACUGCUACCGCGGCGGAUUUAGAGAGACUGGUGGUUGACCUUCGCGAUGCAUGCAGCCGUACAGGUUUUUUCGUCAUCAAGAAUCACGGCGUUGAUUGGAGCAUUGUAGAAAAUGCUUUCGGGAGUGUUAAGGAAUUCUUUGCUUUGCCCAUGGAGGUCAAAAUGAAGGUGCACCAGUCAUUGUCGCCUUCGUACAUGGGAUACGAGCAACCAUAUUAUACCAAUGUCGAUCGGUUGAAGAAAGGAGAUCUCAAAGAGUCCAUGACCUCGGCUUAUGAUCCGUUCCUCGACCCUGCGGGAGUAAAAGACCAAAUGCCAGAGCUCAUUCGCCGCAAGAACUUAUGGCCCGACCCAAAUGAUGCUCCCACUUUGCAACCUUGCUUGGAGGCAUAUCGUACUGCUUGCCUCAAUCUCGUACGACAGCUCGCAGGCCUCAUGGCCAAGACUAUUGGGGAACAGGAGGACUUUUUUGAGAAAAAGUCAACGUAUCCUAUUGCAGGGAUCCGUGCGCUGUAUUAUCCCCCUCAAGAAGCAAGUGAUGAGGACGAGACAGGCCUGGGAGCCCAUACUGAUGUGCAGCUCGUCACGAUGAUCGCACAAGAUCCUUACGAUGCCUCAGGUUUAGAGGUUCUCAAUGCGGCUGGAGAAUGGAUUUCGCCAAAACUGGAGCCAGGGACAUUUGUCGUCAACUUAGGGGAUAUGAUGGGCCGACUGACCAAUGACUUCUUUUUGAGCACUAUCCACCGCGUGCGUAACAAGUCUGGACAAGGCAGGUAUUCGUUGCCAUUCUUCUUCGGUCUGAAUGCUGAUGAGUUGAUCACCACGCUCCCUCACUUUGUCACCGCUGAGAAACCGCUCGUGGAGGGAUACGAUAUUGGCAUGACGGGGUAUGAGCAUUAUAAUAGGAGAAUGCAGAGAGCUCAUCACAAGCAUCCUGAAGCGACGAGCAAACUUAACGAUAGACUUCCGCCCGGAAUGACGAAGAUUAAUGGCAUACUAGUUAAUGGCCUGUAA